AUGGUCAGAAACGACAACAAUUGUAUAUCCGAGUCUAAAGAAGAAGAGGAAGAAGAAGGCCCGAUGGAUACGGUCGACUUGACCAAGCAGCAACAACAACAACAACAGUCCAAUGAUAAUGACAGCAAACCUUUAUCUCACCAUGGAAAUAACAACGACAACGAUGCAGCGGAAACACUUGACAUUGAAGCGAUGGCAGCUGCUAUUACAGCAGCAGUACAAAGCAGUGGCCGAGGGACAUCCUCUAUGGCACUCGGCAACGCAUCCAUUAUUCCUAACCGAGCGAGAAGUCAAAGUGAAAGCACUCGAACCCCAGCGAGAAAUAAUGUGAACAACAAGUUACCACCACGAGUCAUACCCCAGGAUGCCAUGGCACCACGACCUAAACGUAGCAGUAGUAUGAGCAGUCAACACAGUUUACCACCUUCAUUUACGUCCUCCUCCUCCUCAUCAACAUCAACACGAACACGAUCCUCAUCAUCAGCAUCCUCAUCGUCAAGGCAUUACUCGGCUCGGUUUUCUUGGUUGGUUGGACAUUCACAAAACAAUAGUAACAGUAACAGUAACACGAUUGACACCCAACGUCAACAGCAAGAAACAAUUGUUGAAGAAAGCUCAGAAGAUCCUUCGGUGGAUGAUGGCCGUAAUGAGUUACUGUAUCGAGGCAUUCGUGUCAAGGAAAUGAAGACGACGCUCAAGACAAUGGUGAUCCCCCAUGAAGUCGAGAAUCCAAUGCCCAAAGUAGAGCUGCAGCGACCUGGUUUUGCUCGCAUUAAUUAUUAG